UAUUUUACUCCCACUUUUGACUUAGCAUUACCGGAAAUAAGCUCGUACUUCCUUUUUCAUGUUUUCCUCAUAAUAAAAUGGCCCCAAGAAGAGGAAAGCCUCAAGCACAAGAGCAAGUUGUUCUCGGACCUCAAGCCAAAGAAGGCGAAAAUGUGUUUGGUGUAGCACACAUUUAUGCUAGUUUUAACGAUACUUUCGUCCAUGUUACCGAUUUAUCAGGAAAAGAAACCAUUGCUCGUGUAACUGGUGGAAUGAAAGUCAAAGCAGAUCGUGAUGAAGCUUCACCUUAUGCUGCUAUGUUGGCUGCUCAGGAUGUUGCAGAAAGAUGCAAAGGACUGGGUAUUACAGCACUGCAUAUUAAACUUAGAGCUACUGGUGGAAACAGAACUAAGACACCUGGACCUGGAGCACAGUCAGCACUUAGAGCUCUGGCACGUUCUGGCAUGAAAAUUGGCCGCAUUGAGGAUGUAACCCCUAUUCCAUCAGAUUGUACUCGCAGGAAGGGUGGUCGCCGUGGUAGACGUUUGUAAAUCCUUGGACUAUGUUCUAAGAAAUAAAAUAUUACAUACUUCA